AUUUCUUUUGAUUUUGUUUAAAAAGGAGUGGAAUAACCAAGAAAGAGAAGAAAGCAAGAGAAGGACCUUUGGGGGGGAGAGAGAGAGAGGAGGAGGGUUGAGAGAGAGAGGAUGAGCGUACCCUCUGUUUUCAUUUACGUGUAUUCCUCUCGUUAGAUCUUGGUUUCAUCAAUUUUUUGAAUUUGUUUCGGUGCGCUCGUGUAUUGAAUCUUAAUUGAUGAACCGGGGAUCCAAUGGUUUUGAAUUAAAUCCGGCAUUUCCUACUUGAUAUUUGAUCAGUGUCUGCUACUGGGUUCCUGCCCGAUUUUCUGGAUAAGGAAAGAUGGAGACGGAUCAAGGUAAGCUCUUUAUUGGUGGGAUUUCUUGGGACACGAAUGAGGAACGUCUUAAAGAAUAUUUUGGGGCAUACGGGGAGGUGGUGGAGGCAGUGAUCAUGAGAGAUCGAACCACGGGCCGUGCUCGUGGCUUCGGCUUUGUAGUCUUUGCCGACCCUGCGGUUGCUGAAAGAGUGGUUAAAGAGAAGCACAUGAUUGAUGGACGAACUGUUGAAGCAAAGAAAGCUGUUCCAAGAGACGACCAACACUUGAUAAAUAGAAACAGUGGCAGCAUUCAGGGAUCACCAGGACCUGGACGCACUAAAAAGAUUUUUGUAGGAGGGUUAGCAUCUACAGUCACUGAGACCGACUUUAAAGAUUACUUUGAUCAGUUUGGAACCAUAACAGAUGUUGUAGUGAUGUACGACCACAACACUCAAAGGCCAAGAGGUUUUGGGUUUAUAACAUAUGAUUCAGAGGAUGCAGUGGAUAGGGUAUUGCACAAAACCUUUCAUGAACUCAAAGGUAAGAUGGUUGAGGUAAAAAGAGCAGUUCCCAAAGAAUUGUCUCCAGGGCCCAGCCGGGGCCCACUUGUUGGUUACAACUAUGGUUUUGGCAGAGCAAACAACUUCCUUAAUACUUACCCCCAGGGAUAUAAUCUAAGCUCACUUGGAGGCUAUGGUGUCCGGAUGGAUGGAAGAUACAGCCCAUUGGCUAGUGCGCGUGGUGGGUUUUCUCAGUUUGGUUCUCCCGCUUAUGGAAUGGGUGUGAAUAUGGAGCAGGGGUUGAAUGCGGGUUUUGGUGGGGGCUCAAACUUUAGUGGCAAUGUAGGUUAUGGCCGUGUUGUGAACCCCUAUUUUGGCAGUAACCAGGGCAGGUCUACUCCUAUUGGUUACAAUACAAGUAGCAACCGCGGUGAUUCCUUUUUCAACUCAUCAUCCAGAAAUGUGUGGGGAAAUGGUGGCCUUAAUAGUUCGGCAAAUAAUGCCAACUCCGGUUCAUACUUUGGUUCUGGAAGUGGUGGUUUUGGAGUAUUCGGAAAUAAUGGAGCAAAUUGGGGCGCUUCUCCUAUUGCCCCCUCACUUGGGGGAACUUCUUCCAGCUAUAGUGGGGGAAAUGUUGGUUACAGAGGUGGAGAAAAUAGCUAUGCACUGGGAGCAGGAGGAUUUGGAAGAAACAGUGGAGCAGGUGUAGCCACAACAUCUUCAUUUUCUGCCUCAAGCGGUGGUUAUGAGGGAUCUUAUGGGGACUUCUAUCGCAGUGGCUCUGUUUAUGGUGAUCCAACGUGGCAAACUGCAUCUUCCGAGCUGGAUAAUUCAGGUUCAUUUGGUUAUGCACUUGGAAAUUCAGAAGAAGUCACAGCUAAAGAUUCUGAGGAUUAUGGGGUGGGCUAUGACAUUCCAAAUCGAAAAUCCAGUAGAGGAAUUGCUGCUUAGGAACUUUGAGCAUUCUGAAGAUGAUGUAGGAGAGGAAAUAUUAAAAGACACGUGGAUUGUGAAUUUCUUUCUUAUCCCUCAUAGAUAUAUAUCUCAGAUCAUAAUGAUGUUAUACAGAACUAACAGAGUCUUGGUGCAAAGUAUACAUGCUCAGAGAGAGCAAUUUCAAGGGAUUUUGCCAAGGUUUGAGGUUUGAUUUUUAGCGUAACAUAGGUUUGUUCAUCAGCAUUUUGAUUGAGAUGUAAAUCAGAUUGCGGGAUAUAUACUUUUGAAGAUCCAUUCCAGCUUUAUUUGUCGUGCGACUCUUCAACACAGGACGGUGGUACUACUGGUACGGCGUUGAAAAGGUAGAGAGUUAUUUUUGUAUUCUUUUUUCUUCCAUCCCCUGUUUGACUGGCAAAGUUCUCUUCCAUUUGUGUCUGGGAUUUGUAUCUCUCUCAGACUGUAUGUGAGUUUCUGUUUGAUUUUAAUAGCGUGAAAUAUAAGAGGGAUACCCUCCUAGGUUUCCCUUCAAUAAAAAUAUCGAGUAGUAUGAUUAUUCAUUUACUGGAGGUUUUGUAUCUGACAAGUUUACAGUUUCGUUCGUGUAUGAAAUAGAUGUAGUGUGAGAAAGAGACUUUUAAUUA